AUUGCGUCGCUUUGGGGAGAAAGAGGACGCGCGAGUCUGGCUUUGUUUGUGCAUGAAGGCAAAUCACCUCUGCAAAGAGAUGUGGACAGAAAUAGGGAAGCUAAUGCUUUUACAUUUGUUGCUAAUGGAGCUUCGCUCGUCGGAAGGCACUGAGACAGACUGUGAGACUGGCCAGUUUCAAUGUGGAAACGGAAGGUGUAUACCUACUAUAUGGAGGUGUGACGAUGACGACGACUGUUCGGACAAUAGCGAUGAAGAAAAUUGUCCAAAGAAGACGUGUGCCACGACGGACUUUGCCUGUAAGAACGGGCAGUGUGUCCCGGCCCGAUGGCGGUGUGACGGGGAGCCUGAGUGCCCAGACGGCUCCGACGAGGCCGACUCCACCUGCAGUCGGCAGACGUGCCCACCAGAGAAGUUCGACUGCGGAGGCUCCGCCCAUAAGUGUGUCUCGUUGUCAUGGCGAUGCGACGGGGAGAAGGACUGCGAAAACGGGGCAGACGAGGAGGAGUGCGCUGCAGACGGCAAGGCCUGCCCCGGCGACGAGUUCCAGUGCCGCAACAGGAAGUGCCUGGCGCCGGUCUUCCUGUGCGACGGCGACGACGACUGCGGGGACGCCAGCGACGAGGAGCGCUGCUCGCCGCCCACCUGCGGCCCGCACGAGUUCCGCUGCAACGGCUCCGAGUGCGUGCCGCUGGUGUGGAGCUGCGACGGCGACCCCGACUGCCCCGACGGCUCGGACGAGGCGGCCGAGCGCUGCGGCCGCCGGCCCGCCGCCCCGCCCCCGAGGCCGCGCUGCGCCGGGGUCGAGUUCCAGUGCGCCAGCGGCGAGUGCAUCCGCCUGCACUGGAAGUGCGACGGCGACGCAGACUGCAAGGACAAGUCCGACGAGGCCAACUGCCCCCUGGUGACGUGCCGGCCGGAUGAGUUCCAGUGUGGAGACGGCUCCUGUAUCCAUGGCAGCAAACAGUGCAACAAGGUGCAUGAUUGUCCGGACAAUAGCGACGAAGCCGGCUGCGUCAAUGCGACCCGGUGCGAGGCGCCCCUGCGCUUCCUGUGCAAGAACGGCGAGUGCAUCGAGGGCAGCAAGGUCUGCGACGCCCACAAGGACUGCAAGGACUGGUCCGACGAGCCCGCCAAGGAGUGCGGCCUGAACGAGUGUGCGAUCAACAAUGGCGGCUGCUCCCACAUUUGCACGGACCGGCCAAUCGGCUACCAGUGUGAGUGUCCUGCUGGGUACAAGCUGCUGGACAAGAAGACAUGUGGAGACAUAGAUGAGUGUGAAGAUCCAGACGCCUGCAGUCAAAUCUGCAUUAACUACAAAGGUGACUACAAGUGCGAGUGUUACGAGGGCUACGAGAUGGACCCGGUGACCAAGACCUGCAAGGCGGAGGGGAAAAGCCCCUACCUGAUGUUCACCAACCGGCACGAGAUCCGCCGUAUUGACCCAGUGAAGAGGGACUACACGCUCGUGGUCCCCACCCUGAAGCACGCCGUAGCUCUGGACGUGGAUGUUAAUGCCAACAAGAUCUACUGGACCGACAUCUUCCACCGCAAGAUCUACAGUGCUUACAUUAACAAGGCCAGCGACUCCUCCCAGCACGUCUCCCUGACAGACUCCAUCCUGCAGUCCCCAGAGGGCCUGGCCCUGGACUGGGUGCAUAAGAACCUGUACUGGACCGACCCCAGAUCCCAGACCAUUACCGUCACCUCUGCCGAUGGCAAGAGGAGCCGAGUUCUGGUCAGCGCGGACCUGAGCGAGCCCCGCGCCAUUGCUGUGGACCCCAAGCAAGGGUUCAUGUACUGGUCAGACUGGGGUCUGCAGGCCAAGAUCGAGAAGGCGGGGAUGAACGGGGUGGACCGGCAGGUCCUGGUGUCAGACGGCAUCAAGUGGCCCAAUGGGAUCGCUCUGGAUUUACCUAACAGGCGGUUGUACUGGGCUGACUCCAAGCUCCACCUCAUCUCCAGCAUCGACUUCAGCGGGGCCAACAGGAAGGUGCUCCUCUCCUCCGCAGACCAGCUCGGCCACCCCUUCGCUCUCGCCGUGUUUGAGGAUCGGCUGUACUGGACGGACCUGGAGAAGGAGGCCAUCUUCAGCGCUAACCGGCUCACCGGACAGGACAUCACGGCGUUGGCUGAGCACCUGAACAACCCGCAUGACAUUGUGGUGUUCCACGAGCUUCGACAGCCCAAAGCUCCAGACAGCUGUAACAUGGGAGGUGUGUCCAACGGGGGCUGUGAGUACCUGUGUCUGAAAGCGCCUCAGAUCACAGACCACUCCCCUAAGUACACCUGCGCCUGCCCCGACGGUGCUGAGCUGGGCCCCGACAUGCGCCGGUGCAUCACAGUUAAGCCCAGGACAGGGAAGACGGCGCCGGUCCCCAGCACCACUGUCAGCACAGCUGUCACUAAAGUAACAGGCAUGGUUCCGCCCAGCACCCCUCCCCGAGAACUCCCCGGCCCCUCCGUCAUGUCCGGCCAGGACACAGGCAGCUCACAGGCCCCUUCAGGCCCCCGCCCUGGUUCUGGAGUCCCACCCCCUUCACCCAGCACAGAACUGCCCAAAAUCCUGAGGGAAAAUGGCAGCCCAUCCCACAGGGCUGGGCACUAUCUCCUGGGCAGCAACGUGACGGUGGCAGUCCUGGGCAUCGUCAUCCCUAUAGUUCCUAUCAUUGCCACAGUGAUCGGGGGCCUGCUCUGCACCGCCGGCUACCUCGUCUGGCGCAACUGGCGGCGGAAGAACACCAAGAGCAUGAACUUCGACAACCCCGUGUACCGCAAGACCACUGGCGAGGGCGAGGACGAGAUCCACAUCGGGCGGGCCGAGCCCAUCGGUCACCCCUACCCCGCCGUGGGCGCCGGCGCCUGCCAGCCCUUCAUCGCCCUGCCUCUAGGGGGCAGUGUCCCAGACCCGGGGGCCCACUGGUACGCCGGGCAGCCGAUGCUCACCGGGACCAAGUGA